AUGAGAACGGCUGGCAAAAUUGUAAAAGGAAAAUAUUUUGAUCGUUUCUUUCUAAUAAUUUUUGAAAACACCGAUUACGUAACGGCAGUGAAUGAUCCUUACCUAUCGGACUUGACAAAUCGUCAGGAUGGCAUUCUUCUUUCUAAUUUUUUCGCCGUUGAACAUCCAUCUGAACCUAAUUACAUAGCUCAAAUAUAUGGUUCGACACUUGGAAUAUUAGAUGAUGCCGAUUACAAUGUGACCGGCAAGAAUUUAGUCGACCUUCUUGAAGAUAAAGGAAUUUCUUGGAAAGCUUACAUGGAAAACUACCCUGGCAACUGUUAUCAGUAUUCAUUUGGUCCAAGCAAUGACUCUUACGCACGUAAGCAUAAUCCAUUUAUUUCAAUGGUGAACAUACACGAUGACCCUGUACGUUGUGCGAAAAUAGUCAAUGCUAGCCAGCUUGAUAUGGAUAUAAGUACGAAUAGUGUACCACAAUUUGCUUAUUACACACCAAAUCAGGACAAUGAUGCUCAUGAUACCAACCUCACGUUUGCAAUGACAUGGUUUAAAGGUUGGUUUGAACCAAAACUUCAAGAUCCGGCUUUUACUACCAACACAUUGUUCUUUAUUACUUUUGAUGAAUCCGAGUCAAAAGGAGAACCGAAUCAAAUUUUUAGCAGUCUUCUGGGCACUCCAGUCCAACCGAAUGUAAAUCACAAUGAUGAUACCUAUUACACACAUUUUUCGAUAGCAAAGACCAUUGAGGAAAAUUGGGAUUUGCAUGAUUUGGGAAGGAAUGAUACCACCGCAACUCCUUUUACUAAAUUUUUGAUUAGUUAG